AAUACAUUUAGUGAGCUUCCUCGUUUCUUCUCGUACAAUUGCAUCAAAAUUAAUUACAGCUAAUUUACCUAUUUUACUAAAACUUUAGUGUAGUUUUUUUAAUUACUUAUUAAAUUUCGGCCAUAUAAUACGAAAAGGAUGGAACAUUGUACUUCGUUUUUGAUGAUACAUUAAACGCAAAAACAAAGGAGAAUUUAACGAUUUCCUAGCACAAAUAUGCCACCACAUGGUCUUUCAUCUUGUUGACAUUUAAUAAUAUUGAAUUUAAAGAAAGCAAUGCCGGGACUGUGGACCACGUGGGCGCUUCUAGUAUGCUUCGUAUUGCCCUCAUGCCUUCCGAAUCCGCACAGAGGUCGUCACCAUCCGGGAGAGCCGCAUGCGGAAGCAUUUCAUAUAGCGCGGGAUCCGUUCGAUCCUCACAAAGAUAGCGAGGAGUUUAGACGUGAUGCGCCGGAAGAGAGACGGGAGUUUUCCCGAAGAGAUAGCACCGAUGAUGACCCUCUGGUCGUGCAGACCAAGAAAGGAAAAGUUCGAGGCAUUACGAUAGAUGCGGCAACGGGAAAACAAGUUGAUGCAUGGCUCGGAAUCCCGUACGCCCAGAAGCCGGUGGGUCACCUCCGGUUCCGACAUCCAAGACCGAUCGAGAAAUGGGAGUACGUUCUGAAUGCCACCAAACAGCCCAAUUCGUGCGUACAAAUUAUAGAUACCGUAUUCGGUGACUUCCCAGGAGCCACCAUGUGGAACCCAAACACCCCGUUGAACGAGGACUGUCUUUAUAUUAACGUAGUCGUCCCAAAACCACGACCGAAGAACGCAGCCGUCUUGCUUUGGGUCUUCGGAGGUGGCUUCUACUCAGGCACCAAUACUCUUGACGUUUACGAUCAUAACAUAAUAGUAUCCGAGGAGAACAUAAUCCUCGUUUCGAUGCAGUACCGCGUCGCCUCGCUGGGUUUUCUUUACUUCGGAACAACCGACGUCCCCGGGAACGCUGGAUUAUUCGAUCAGAUGAUGGCCAUGCAAUGGGUUCGCGAUAAUAUCGCCGCCUUUGGCGGCAAUCCAAACAAUAUCACGCUCUUCGGGGAAUCCGCUGGUGCGGCCUCUGUCUCUUUCCAUCUACUCUCGCCUCUUUCCAGGAACCUAUUCUCGCAGGCCAUCAUGGAAUCGGGAAGUGCCACUGCUCCUUGGGCCCUCAUUACUAGGGAGGAGAGCAUCCUUCGAGGACUGCGAUUAGCCGAAGCCGUGGGCUGUCCGAGCGAUAGCAAAAAGAUCCCGGCAGUCAUCGCCUGCCUCAGGAAAAAAGAUCCCGUUGAACUCGUGAAUAAUGAAUGGGGGACUUUGGGUAUUUGCGAAUUCCCCUUUGUGCCGGUUAUAGAUGGUGCAUUCUUGGACGAGCAUCCGGUCAAGGCGCUGGCUAACAAAAACUUCAAGAAGACAAAUAUCCUCAUGGGAUCCAACACAGAAGAAGGCUAUUAUUUCAUUAUUUAUUAUCUGACGGAACUAUUUAAGAAGGAGGAGAAUGUUUACGUUAAUCGCCAGGAAUUCCUGAGGGCUGUCACCGAGCUAAAUCCGUACUUGAAUGCUGUCGCUCGUCAAGCCAUCGUCUUCGAAUACACCGACUGGCUAAACCCUGAUGAUCCGGUCAGUAACCGCGACGCCCUCGACAAGAUGGUAGGUGAUUACCAAUUUACCUGCAACGUGAAUGAAUUCGCACAUCGCUAUUCGGAGACAGGUAACAAUGUCUACAUGUACUACUACAAACAUAGGACAAUCGCAAAUCCAUGGCCUUCCUGGACUGGUGUCAUGCACGCCGACGAAAUCAACUACGUCUUCGGAGAACCCCUAAACCCCACCAAAAGCUACACAGCACAAGAAGUCGAUCUAUCCAAACGUAUCAUGCGGUAUUGGGCUAACUUCGCCAAAACCGGAAACCCAAGUUUAUCACCGAACGGUGUCUGGACGCCCACGUUUUGGCCACUACAUACCACCUACGGCCGGGAAUUCCUCACCCUUGACGUCAACUCCACCGCAACUGGACGAGGCCCCAGACUCAAGCAGUGUGCCUUUUGGAAAAAGUACCUACCUCAACUGACGCAAAUCACAGCUGAAAUACAGAAUGCGCCAUCUAACAAGCCGUGCACGAGUUCGUCCAUGCAAUCGGUAUCUUCGAUAGGGGUCGCCACCUUGGCAACAUUCUUGGUCUGCACAAUGCGACACCUCUGGUAGAAUGUACCAAGCAACGGAAGCGAACACCGAAUCAUCAAAUUUGGUCAAAAUUUUUGGAAAGCAUAUCACCAUAUUGGUGCAAAAGAAAAAACAAACAAAAAAUUCAACAAAAAAAAUACACAAUACGAGUAUAUCAUUGGAAAUUGAAAACCACAACAAAAAGGAAACAAAUAUGAAAUUGGUUAGGGAUAGUUAUGCUUCAAGCUACAUAGUCUACGCUUGUGAUGAUAAAAAAUCCUCGUAGCGGUGGAGAUUUUCACUGUUUAUGGACAAUAUUAUUGGUACAUUCUUCUUUUUCUUUUGUUAUUUUCUCCCUCUCAUACAGUGAUAAAUAUCAAUUGUCUUCGUGGGGUGUUUUGCUUCAUGUUCACCAGUUCACCCGGCCUAUACUGAAUAUAUAAAUAAUAUAUACAAAAAUAUAUGAGGAUGAAAGCAGGUGGCUGCAAUGCGAUUGGAAUUGUCGAAUCGCCCAAACUUACAAACACAGAUUGAACGAUGUUUGUAUUUUAUAAAUAUAUAAACAAAAAAUAUAUAUUACAAAAAAUAAAAUUUAAAAAAAAAAGAGUAAAUAAAACAAGGUUUUUUAGGACCAGAAAUGGGCUUCUUAGCAGCUUCUAAAUGAAUACCAAAGGCCUAUUGAAAUCAUCAUCAACUUUAUAGCGAAAAGAAGAUCUUCAUGAAGGAGAAAAACCUAUAAUUAUCUUGUUUUCUUUUAGUUUUUGUUUUUCUUUCGAAGCACUGAUUCUUAAGGGCUGUGCAAAAACAUAAUCUGUAUAAUCUGGCGAAGAUUGUUGAAUCUUGGAAACAGUGAC